AUGAGGUUUUGCAGCAUACGUUUGGCGGAUUGCUAUAUUGAUGCAAUUGUUGCUGGAGUGGAUGUUGUGGGUGAAGCCGAAACUCUGAAAAAACUUAUUGUUGCACCGUUUUCGAAACAACCUUUGAGUCUUAUUGUUCACAAAAUUGGGAAGACAUUACUACUGGACAACUGUGCUUACUUGCGAAAUUUUUCGUACAAACAUGCGAGUAGUCGUGAUUCACCUGUGGCCGAAUUUAUCAACUCGACAUCACGGAGCCUUAUUGGUGGCACAGCUUAUGCUCAGUCAGGAACACAGCGCACAACUGACGACAUAAUUUCCGACUUACAUCGUGAAAUGAUCGCGGAAAAUUUGUAUACUCGAAGCUUGGCGCCACUGGAUUAUAAACCGGGCUCAGAAUGUCUGGAUGUUCCGAAACAAGCUCAUCCUGGUGUCGGAGUUCUUCCAUUCCAACAGCCAGACUGGAAAUCUGAAGGUUUUUGA